AUGUCCGUAACACAUACCGUUCUCUUCCAGAUCAAGGCCGAUGCCGAUGCUAAUGAUGUGAAGGCCGCUUGAGAUCGCUUCAUUGCGCUCAAAGACAGCUGCCUCCACCCCACAAGCAAUACACCCUAUAUCAAGACGAUCAAAGGUGGCAAGGACAACUCACCAGAGGGGCUCCAGAAUGGCAUCACCCACGGCUUCGUGGUUGAGUUCUCCUCGGCAGAGGACAGAGACUACUACGUCUCGACCGACCCUUCUCAUCAGGCUUUUGUGAAGAGCAUCGGCGCUUUGGUAGAGAAGGUCAUCGUGGUAGACUUUGUUGACGGUCUGUACUAG